AUGUCCAACUACCAGUCACCAACCUCCUCCUCAUCAUCAUCCACCUCCACUUCAACCUCCAACACCACCUCCUCCUCCUCCUCCUUGGCAAUGGCCAACUCUUUUUUGAACCCAAAUGAGCAAAUGAAUUCCAUGUUCAUUGUGCCACAUCAGCCUUCGCCCAUGUACCUACACAGCUCUGCCAAUGGUAGUACCCACAGUCUCAAGCGAAAGCAUCCCUACAUAGAGGACAUACUCUCAUAUGGACAUGGCCAGCAUCAUCCACCCGGCUCAUACCUAAUGAAUGAUGACAACGCCAGUCACUUCUACCCGCCAAAGUCAUAUCCAAUCAACAUGACCAAUCAGCAACACCAUUACCAUCAUCAUCAUCACCACCAUGGAUCAUCCUACUCUAAUGCACAACUACCACCACCAUCAACCGCCUCAUCAUCAUCAUCAUCAUCAUCAUCUUCUUCAAUGCAUAGUAGCAGUCCGGACUCUCCACCAACAUUCUGCUCCCCUAAUGGAUCGUCAUCGUCGCCACCACUGUACCCUAUCACUUCUCCACGCAGCCUUGAGGUAUACUCUAUAACUCAGAGCCCUAGAACGACUUUGGGUAAACCACAGAUACUACCAGCAUUGACUUCAUCAAUGAUCAACUCAAAGCAUACCGGCGGUGGUGGAAGCUAUGCACCACAUUGUACAGAUAUCAGCUCGUCGUCAUCGCCUCCUCACCUGAGCGACAUGACGUCACAUUCGCAGGAUCGCGUUUCCAUCCCCCUGCUCAACCUCAAGAAGUGUAUUCCUAUCCCAGAACCCACGCUUGUGCCGUCAGUGUCACCGCAUACUCCCAGUGCUGGCAACACAUACUUUUCCUCCCCGUCCAGCCUCCCAUCAACACCGUGCACUCAUCGGGAUGGCGCUUCCAGCUACUCACUUCCAAACUCUGCUCGAGGUGCUGAUUCACAGCGCUGCCCAUCGUCUCCGACCUCCUCCUCUACGUCCACAAGUACUACACCUGGAUCGACACCCCGACUCACUCACUCUUCCUCUAGUGAGAGCAUAGUGGACGAGGAGUAUCUCAAGCGUGCCGAGGUUCAAUGGAAGAAGCUAGAGUACUACACCAACGAGUUCAAUCACUUCAUAUUUGACACUUUCAAGUCACGUGACUUUGGUAAUGGCAUCGCAUCUCUCAAGUCCAAGCUUGAGGAUCUCACCAACACUGUAAAGGAGAUUGAAAUUGCCAACAAUGUCUAUAAGCUUAUUCCACCUCAGACAAGGUCAAGGAAGAAGAGGUCAACCAAGGCCGAGAAGUAUCACAAGGAACUUCUUGGUAUCAAGAGAACCUAUGUGUCCACACCCAAGAGCAAGGGACUGUACUGUGCCUUCUGUGGCACCUUGGAGACACCAGAGUGGAGGAAGGGUCCAGGCGGACAUAAGACGCUUUGUAACGCAUGUGGUAUUCACUACAGCAAAAACAUCAAGAAGGAGUUGAAGCUAAGCAAUGGCGGUGCCUCUGCCAACAACCCUUCUCCUGCCAACGCCAAUGAACCAACGACACAACUUCAAGGUCUUCAAUCGAUGACAGUAUCAUCACUGAUCGAUGAUGAGCGCUGA